UUUCCUUCAACUUCCUUGGUAACCCACAUGGAAACAGUUCUUAUCAUACCUCACUGAAACAGAUCGCAUCUGUUUGUUUUGUUUUACCGCGCCAAUUCUAAAUGUGAAUAAAUAACGAUCAGGAAGGGAGUAUUUUUGUUUGCAUUUGUUACUUUAUUAUAAGACGUUCAUAAAAUACACAGCCAUGAAGAUCGAGGAAGUCAAAAGCACCACGAAAACCCAGCGCAUCGCGUCUCACAGUCAUGUGAAAGGACUCGGGCUUGACGAUGCCGGGAACGCAAAGCAAAAUGCGUCAGGUCUUGUUGGACAGGAGACCGCAAGAGAGGCUUGUGGUAUCAUUGUGGAACUGAUCCGCUCAAAGAAGAUGUCGGGAAGGGCCGUUUUACUUGCUGGACCUCCCGGUACAGGAAAGACCGCCUUGGCUUUGGCUAUGGCACAGGAGCUCGGCAACAAGGUGCCAUUCUGCCCCAUGGUGGGCAGUGAGGUCUACUCUUCUGAGAUCAAGAAAACAGAGGUGCUAAUGGAGAACUUCAGGAGGGCCAUAGGGUUGCGUAUUAAGGAGACCAAGGAGGUGUAUGAGGGGGAGGUCACAGAGCUGACCCCCUGUGAGACAGAGAACCCCAUGGGUGGUUACGGGAAGACCAUCAGCCACGUCAUCAUCGGACUGAAGACCGGCAAGGGCACCAAGCAGCUCAAGCUGGACCCCAGUAUUUAUGAGAGCCUGCAGAAGGAGCGUGUGGAAGCGGGAGACGUCAUCUACAUUGAAGCAAACAGUGGCGCCGUCAAGAGACAAGGUCGGUGUGACACAUUUGCCACAGAGUUUGACCUGGAGGCUGAGGAGUACGUGCCGCUGCCUAAGGGGGACGUCCACAAGAAGAAAGAGAUUAUCCAAGACGUCACGCUACACGACCUGGAUAUUGCCAAUGCUAGACCACAGGGAGGUCAAGAUAUCCUGUCUAUGAUGGGACAGCUGAUGAAGCCCAAGAAGACCGAGAUCACAGACAAGCUGCGAGCUGAGAUCAACAAGGUGGUAAACCGCUACAUUGACCAGGGUGUGGCUGAGCUGGUCCCUGGGGUGCUGUUUGUGGACGAGGUGCACAUGCUGGACAUCGAAUGUUUCACCUACCUGCACCGAGCUCUGGAGAGCACCAUCGCACCCAUCGUAGUAUUCGCCUCCAACAGGGGCAACUGCCUCAUCAGGGGGACAGAGGACAUCAGCUCUCCUCAUGGCAUUCCCCUGGACCUGCUGGACAGAGUCCUGAUCAUCCGCACCAUGCUCUACACACCGCAGGAGAUGAAGCAGAUCAUUAAGAUUCGUGCUCAGACUGAGGGGAUCAACAUCAGUGAGGAGGCCCUCAGUCACCUGGGAGAGAUCGGAACCAAGACCACACUCCGGUAUGCGGCUCAGCUGCUGACCCCAGCCAGUCUGUUAGGCAGAGUCCAGGGGAAGGAGGGAGUAGAGAGGGAGCAGGUGGAGGAGAUCAACGAACUCUUCUACGAUGCCAAGUCCUCCGCUAAGAUCCUUCAGGACCAGCAGCACAACCUUCCUCUCAUCCUUUUGUUCCGAGCCCCCAUCAAGCUGCCCCAUCUGUGGAUCAUCCACUGUAGUAGUUUAUUACGUUCAGAUAAAUACAUUGUUAUAAAGGUUCUUUGCGUGUUAAUAAAAUUAGAUUUUUUCAAUAAAACUGAAAGCUUGAUAUGUCAUUGUUGCUUUCAGACACACUAGCUAGAGUUAACUGAUAUAGUACAGGACUGGGAAUGGCAAAGAGAUGCUCCUUAGCAUAAUGAGAACAUCCACUUCUCAAUGAACACUGAAAGUGUAUAGCUGAACAGCACCAAUAUGUAUUUUGGGGAAUCUUUUUUUUUUUUACCCCUUUUUUGUGAUAUCCAAUUGGUAGUUAGCCUUGUCCCAUCACUGCAACUCCCAUAGGGCCUCGGCGGAGGUCGAGAGCCAUGCGUCCUCUGAAACCGAAGUCGGCGUGUGUGCGCCCGGCCGCCACAAAAACUCAAGAGCGCGAUGGGACAAGGACAUCCUAGCCAGCCAAACCCUCCCCUAACCCAGACAAUGCUGGGCCAAUUGUGUGUCGCCUCAUGGGUCUCCCUCUUCUCACGAACCCAGA